UGUCAGAUUAGUGUUCGUGUGUGCAGCAGUGGAGUUGACCGACUCAAAACAAGCGGUUAUUUAUGAGCGUAACGGAGCAGGAUUCGUUAUGCUACGAUUUGUAACAUUUUAGAUAUCGUUUUAUAAACGUCGAAUUGUACAGAAAGGCUUUUGAAUCAUGUGUUCACUGAGGAUCAUCGCUGUUUUUGCAUUGAUUACCGUUGAAUGUGUUCGUGAAUCGCCGCCGAAUUUUGUGAUGCUGUUCGCUGAUGAUUUGGGUUACGGUGACCUGGGGUGUUUCGGGCACCCGAGCUCUUUGACCCCCAAUCUGGACCGGCUCGCGGCAAAUGGGCUGCGCUUUACCGACUUCUACGUCACGAGUCCCGUGUGCAGCCCUUCCAGGGCUGCCCUGCUGACGGGCCGCUAUCAGAUUCGCUCUGGGAUUUAUCCGGGCGUGUUCUAUCCGGGCUCAAAAGGGGGUCUUCCGCUCAACGAGACCACUAUUGCAGAGGUGCUGAAGUCUCAGGGUUAUGUCACAGCAAUGGUCGGAAAAUGGCAUUUGGGUGUUGGUCAGAAUGGCACUUACCUGCCCACCCGACAGGGCUUUGACUAUUAUCUUGGCAUCCCAUACUCGCAUGACCAGGGUCCAUGUCAGAAUCUCACCUGCUUUCCUCCAGAUGUGAAGUGUUUUGGGAGCUGUGAUCAAGGUGUGGUAACUGUACCUGUGUUCUUUGGCGAGACGAUAGAGCAGCAGCCUGCAGAUUUCCUGCAGCUGGAGAAGACCUACAGCGACUUUGCCUCUCAGUUCAUCCAUGUUGCUGUCCAAAAUAAGCAACCGUUCUUUCUGUAUUAUCCAUCACAUCACACACACUACCCUCAGUAUGCAGGAGCAGAGUAUGCAGGGAUGUCACCUCGAGGGCCUUUCGGUGAUGCUCUCAUGGAGUUUGACGGCUCUGUGGGGAAGAUUCUGCAAACUCUAGAGGAGACGGGUGUGAUCAACAAUACGCUCAUCUUCUUCACUGGCGACAACGGGCCAGAGCUAAUGCGAAAGUCUCAUGGGGGAAACGCAGGACUGCUGAAAUGUGGCAAAGGCACGACUUAUGAUGGAGGAAUGAGAGAGCCAGCCAUUGCAUAUUGGCCUGGAUUCAUCCAACCAGGUGUCACCCGUGCUCUGUCCAGCUCUUUGGACAUUCUACCCACCUUUGCUAAAUUGGCAGGGGCUUCAUUACCUGAGGUGGAACUGGACGGGGUGGACAUGACAAAUGUCCUAUUUAAUCUCGGACCGAGCAAACGAAUUACCAUGUUCUUCUACCCCACUUUUCCGAGUGAGAAGUACGGCGUGUUUGCAGUAAGAUGGAAAAAUUACAAAGCCCAUUUCUAUACACAAGGUGCAACUCACAGUGAAACCACCCCAGAUAAGAACUGCUCCGUAUUAUCCAUCCUGAAGCAUUACGAUCCUCCUUUACUCUUUGAUUUGGAGUCAGACCCCUCGGAAAACUACAACCUUAGUGGUCCAGAGUGGGACAGUGUGCGCAAGCAAAUCCAGGCCAUCAAGGAGCAGUUUGAGGCUUCUGUGGUGUUCGGAGAGAGUGAGAUUGCAAAAGGGAUCGACCACGCACUGGAGCCCUGCUGUAAUCCUAAUUGCUCCCCUAAACCCCAGUGCUGCCACUGCACCGCCAUGGAUGCAGACACUGCCAGUAUCACAAUAACCUGAUGAUUAAGGAAGUAUCCAAUCUUGAUUUUCUUCUCAAAUCAAAUGAGUAAAUAAGUACAGUGCGAGAAUGAAGGAAAGUCAUUUGUUUCCUGCCGCUCACAACUCUCCAAGCACCUCACUCACUGCACCGAAUGAGAGAAUAAACCCACAUUGUACUUUUCUAAAAACGGUGUUAGUGAGUGAGUGUCUCAGACAAACCGAUUGUUUUAAACCAAGACUAAUGUGAAUGUGCCUCUGCCUAGCAUAGGGGUGAAUCUCACGAAACAUGUCCUGCUCAUUAUUUAAAUGAUAAAGAAAAUGAAGCCUGCAUUAGGACCAUUAGGGGUUUUAAUAUCGUGCCACCUAAGCACAUUCUCAUUACCGUAACCAAUCUGGACGUUUUAUUUGUACUAUUCCCUUAAAUUGUAAUUUAAGUUUUUAUUGGGGAAAAGAUACAAUCGACAACAUCUGGUUACAGCGUUCGCCAGAGUCACAGCUUUUCCAACUUAUAUGAAGUAUCCAGUUAGUUUAAGCAAUGCACUUUACACUAUUUGCUAUCUCGACACAAACGUGAGGGAUGAUGUCACGCCAAUCAGAAAUACUCCUACUGUAUUCAGUCUACAACCACAAUGCAUUUGGUUCAAUAGGGGUUACAUACUCCAUUUGAUCUAAUAAUGAAUGAAUCCAUCGCUCUGAAGGUUCAAAUGUUAUUGGUUUCCCUAGUGAAGACAUUCUUUAAGACUUCGCUCCAGUCCUGUAUUUGUGGAGAAUUGGGUUGAUACCAACCUCUAGUUACAGCCUUCUCGAUUGACGCAAGAAGGAUUUAUUCCGACUUUUCCACGUGAACCGUACCUAGAUGAAGGACUUAAAAUUUGAAGCCAAGCGAUAUAUCCCGGAUCUAAUGACUUGUGUAUGUCUCGCCAGUACCGUGUGAUGUUUGGACAGUCCCAGGAUAUGUGAUAAUGAUUGGCAUUUUGGGACCAACGCCGUCUCCAACAUAAUGAAUGACCUAAGAAUGUACUUUUCUGUUUUGGCGUUAAAAAAAAGAAGCGAAUAACAUUUCUCCCUCCGAUGUUGACCAUUGCAACUUACAUGGAUUGCCCCAUUCCUCAGUUGUUAUUAUAGCACCGCUCUCUUUUACCCAUCUCUCCUUAAUGUAUGAGGUUGAGUCUGCAUCUAAACCUGCACGCCAAGGGAGUACUAUUAUGAUAUAUAAAUAUGCUACAAUUUAAAUAAUAUUACAUUUUAAAUUUUUGGUCACAUUUACACAUAAAUAUAAAUAUAUGACCAUUGUGGUAAUGACAAUUGGGAGGGUCAAAUAUGCACAUCACAGUUAAGAAUAAUAUGAAUAAAAAAAAAAAACGUACCUUCUCUGGACACAUUACGGUAAUGAGAAUUGGGUGGUGAGGGGGGGGUGCUUAAUUGCCUUGAAAAUUAUGUAACAAAACAAAAAAAUGCAUCAUUUUCUUUAUGAUAUGAUUUGCACUUAUUCGUGAGAUUCACCCGGCGAUGUCUGAACUAUACCAUGAUGUGUUAGAGUAAAGGUCAUGCAGGCAGGCCAUGUGUGAAUAUAGUUUAACAUUACAUUAUGAAUGUUUACUCCCUUUAAGAUUGAUUCUCUAUAAUUCUUCUUUAGCUCUCUAAACUUCAUAUGCUAUCGCUACUUUUACAUUUUUAUUAGUAAAAUUUAAAAAAAAAUUAAAAAACAUGUCAUGCGAGUUUCUCUUGUUACUCCUUGUUCAAAGUCAUUUCUGCGCCACUUCUUUAUAGUAAUAUUGAAUAUAUGUUCAAUACAAGUUGAGCUCACUCGACUGCAUGUGUGGCAUAAACACAAAUGAUUUUGAAUCGUCCCUUUUUUAUUUUUUUAAAAGAUUAAUAAAUAAAGCAAACAUAUAGGUUACAUCGAAGCACUUACAAUGGAAGUGAAUGGGCCCAAUUUGUUCAGUAAAUGUUCAAAUACUCACUGUUUCAAAAGUAUAGACGGAAGAUGUACUUACUAACCUUUUCUGUGUAAAGUCCGAAUUUUACAACUUUUUUGCCAUUAUGACAUAAUGCUGUAAACCCUAAAACAGCUGUGAAUGCAAUGAUAUAAUCAACUUUACAGCUCAAGUAAUACAGAAUAAUUAAUGCAAGUGCUUUUAUAAAUUAUAAGCUUCACAUUUCUGUAAGUGUCUCAAUGAAACCUUGAUUGUUUUAAAGAAGAAUGGCGGAUAAAUCGAAGAUAUUUUUGUGGUAAUCAACAUUAUGCCACAAAUGCUGUCGAUUGAGCUUCACUUGUAUUGAACCCGGAAUAUUCCUCUCCCCCAGCAUCAAGUCUCACUUUUGCCAAACAAACUCAGAUACACUUCAGUGACAUCAAGCAUAUAGUAUUUUAUUCAUAAGACCAGAUCCAUGACAAGGCAGUGAGAUUUUCUUUUUUUUUUUCUUUUUUAUAUAAUUUUUUUUUAUUUUUUUUUUUUUUUAACAAGUUGUCAUUUUUAAAGAUACAUAGUUUGUCAUACUGAAGCUGUUUCCGUUAUACAGUGAAGGACUGAAUGAUGUAUGUUGUAGUCCAGAACUUUGUAUUUCAGCUACCCAAGCUAAAGUUGUCAAUAAUACUAGAUGCUCUGCCGGAAUGUGGGGGUUUCAGCCAAUUUGUCACUAGAAAUUGCUGAAGUGAAGGCUAAAACAUUUCAGAUAUCUCUUUAUUUUAUGAACACGCAAUAAUGACAUGUAACAGUCAUAACGGAGUAUUUGGCGCUUUGGAUACAAAUACAAUUGCUGGUUAGACCCGUUAAAUGCAAUGGUGUAAAUGCAAAUAAUGUAGUAUUUAUUUUAUUUGGGUGGGGGGGGGGGUCUAUGUGUAUCUUUGUGAGUCUGCAUGUGAAUGACAAUAAAUGGUCCCACUUUAUAUUACAUAGGUGUCUUUACCUACUAUGUACAUUAACAUACACACAAUACAAUGUAUAUAUUAUGUAAAGUAACUACAUGUUGUUUUGUGAAAAUGUUGAGGUUCGGGUAAGAUUAAAAGUGUAACUACACAUGUAACUAAAUGCCGGUACUUUACAUGUAAUUACAAUGCAACAACACAUAUGUGCAUAAUAAGUACAUUGUACCAAAUGCUUAAGUACAUAGUAGUUAAAGACACUUAAUAUAAAGAGUGUCCCAAUAGAUUACACAUUUGAUUGACACGGUGGAUCUGUUAUGUUAUUCCGCACAUGGUGACAACACAUCCGACAACAGAUGUAUACAAAUGUAAAGCAGAUAACGCAAAUAUACAAAUACUAAUAUCUCUUUUACCCCAUCACAGUUGGCUUUUGGUUGUGAGAUUUUUAUCAUCAACAUUAUUGGUAUCAUUAUUAAUCAUUCUUUUAAAUUUACAAAUCUCAAUAACAUACUCAACAUAAAGGACACAGUAUGGCAAUCCUGACUCUAGAAUAUAUACAGUGAUCUAACCGAAAAGAACUCUCAUUUCAAAUGGGCAACUUCUGCCUUCCGAGAGAGUGUCACUGUCACAAAUGGAAGGGGUAACUAUGGAAACAGAUUGCAGGCUAUGCAGGGAGCGUUGGGCUAUUGGGCUAAUAUCAUACUAUUUCUGCACUGUGCAGAGUAUGCAAAUUAUCUACACAUAUGAAAUACUCGGAUGACAUCCUACUUUUGCCCAAAUGUGCAGAAUACAACAUUUGUACACGGCACUAUAUUCCACAAUGCAUGAUCUUUCAUUUCCAGUGUGGAAAUUGUUGUUUCAGUAUGGCCCUUACAAUGGAAGUGAAUGGGGCCAGUCUAUAAACGUUAUAAACGAGUAUACAUUUUUAUUGUUAAUCAACAUUAUGCUACAAAUGCUUUCGAUUGAGCUUCAUUUAUACUGAAUCCUGAACAUAUACAGUAUACAUAUACAGCGCAUACUUAGCAGUAUGCUAACACUUGUUUUCCGAACAUACAGUAGCCUUGGCCCUUGUGUCGUCCUCCACAUGUGCAUUUAAAUGUGCUGUAAGCAAUUUUAGCCGUUCCGCAAGCUGUCAAGCUGAGCAGUUGAAUAAGCCACACCCCUUUUUUCCAAAUCCCGCACUCCAAAGCUAGCAAAUUAGCCUUACUGAGACCAACGAGCAGAAACGGUUGUCAAAAACAACAGCAGCACAACAGCGCCCUCAACUGACAACUGUUAUGAACAACAUGGCAUAAAAAUGGCAUUAUGCCUCAAUAAUUCGCUGCAACUGCAACGCUAUGAGUAUGCGCAAAAUGAUUGACGGGUCAAAAGUGCCAUUGUCCUGUUUGACGUUUACAGAGUCUAGAGCUGUCACAGAGACCGGUGAGAUGUCUCAAGACACUUAUUUUAUUAAUAUCUUUCAGGGAAACAUUUUUACAUACAUAUCCAUGAAAAAAAUCACUUACAGCAUCUUUAAAUAGGACUUUUAUUAUGUCUAGUGACCAGCAAUGAUGAAGCUCUCCAUUCUAGAAUGAACUACCAGACAUGGAUGUAAAUCUAAAUAUUAGAUGCCAGCAUAAAAGUGUAGCUGUUAUCAUUAUUUAGACCUUUCCAUGUCUACCGAGAGGGCUACACAUUCUAUGACGCCAUCAUCUGAUUCAAAUAAUACAUAAUAAAUGUAGCUUAUUUAUUAACUGUCUUCAUGUUCAUCAUCAUGUUCUUUAUUGUGAGCAUUUCCCUUCUGUGGCACAGCCCCUGAUUGCAGUUUGUAUGAGAUAAAUAUUUGUUGUAAGUAAUUGGUAUAUGUAGCCAGCAGGGGGAUCUGCAGUGUACAGAGUGAGAAGAGCCGGUCAAGGUCAGGACAAGGGCUGCGAUCAGGGAGCAGAAAAAUCUACCAGCAGGCUUCUCUGCAUGACUUAGAGUAACAGAGCUGUUUUGCAAUUUGCAAAAACGUAUAAUAUACAUAUGCGUGUACUCACAUGACUACUGCGGCAUCUACAGUACUUACUACAUAUAUGGGAUUCAGUGACUCAUUGCUGUUCUAUUAGAAAUGAACCGCCAAUUGCACCAAGGUUUUUCAUUCUGUGUCAGUGUAAUAUGAUGUAAUGUUUGUCCAGUUAACUUUCCAGGUCAAACUGAUUCACUAAAUAUUUCUGAUCUUCUGCAUUUGAGCUGGUAUUUUAGGUUAGGGUCUUUUUGCUCAAUGUCAACAAACAUUGCACAUCACUGAAACAUCUACCGGUCAUUUAAAGUAUGAGUGAAGGGCUAUAUUAGACUUAACCUGAAAGUUUUACAAAACAACAGAAACGAUAACAGAACUAAAGUUGCCAACAAAACUGCUUUUGCAGUAGCUUUUGCAAACUGGCUGAAUAACACAAAGCCUGUCCAGAACAUAUUUCACCCCAAAAUCACAAGAUAAAAUAAAAAUAAACUUGCAAAUGAAGUCUGUACAGACAAUUUUGAUGUCAAAUAAAGGAAUUUCCCGGGUUAACAAAAGUUAAGCUGACAUAAUGGUCAUUAGUACCACAGAAAAUGAUUUCGACUCAUGCCACAAUUAUUUAAAAACAAGCAAAACAUUUGGGUUACAUCGAGGCACUUACAGUGGAAGUGAAUGGGUCCAAUCUGUAAACAUUAAAAUACUAUUUCAAAAGUAUAGACAUGAGACAUGAACAUUAUAAAUGCUAACAUUAUUAUAUUUUGAUCAAAUCUCUGUUGUGCACAAUUUAAGUUGAAUAAAUUACUUAAAGGGUUUACCAGUUAAAUCUCCAUGGCACAAAAGUUGGAUAUAACAUUACUAAAAUCAUGUUAACACACAUAUUGUUUGUCUUGUGGCUAUACAUUUGAAACUGUGUGCACUUUAUCAUUUAGGGAUCGGCCCCAUCCAGUUCUAUUGCAAGUGCCUCGCAAUAACAGGGAUGGAUUGUGACUUGCAAAGGCCCCGGGGCCAAUUAUCUCCAAGGGGCCCCCCUCCAAAAAACCAAAGCGUGACUGGGGGGGGGUGUGUUGGUCGGUUUCAUUUUCAUGGCCAAAAGUUGUUGGGGGGGGG